UCCAACAAACGAAUAGUUAACCGAUUUUAUGUUAGAAAAAUAUACCCAAAAGUUCAGAAUGAUGAUAACAUCACUGUCGCAGCUUUGUCACUUGGCCUUCAUUUCAGCAAUAGCAAUGUUGAUCAUUAUGAUUGCCAAAUGUGGAAUGUCAUAAAGAACGAAUUGAUUCUAGCACAAGAACAAGAUGUUGAGUGUAAUUAUCAAAUUGAUCUUUUUAAAUGUGGAAAUACCGUAUCAUAA